AUGGAUUCCAAAAUAGCAAUUCUCAUCCUUGGCCUAAUGGCCAUGGUUCUUCUUAUUUCUUCAGAGGUGUCAGCUAGGGACUUAACCGAGACUUCAACUAAUGCCAAAGAUGAGGUUGUUGACAAGUCAGAUGAAUUAAACGAUGCCAAAUAUUAUGGUGGAGGCUACAACCAUGGUGGCGGCAGCGGUUACAAUGGUGGUGGAGGAGGCUACAACCAUGGUGGUGGUGGUUACAAUGGUGGUGGAGGAGGAUACAACCAUGGAGGUGGCGGUUACAAUGGUGGCGGAGGAGGUUACAACCAUGGAGGCGGUGGUUACAAUGGUGGCGGAGGAGGAUACAACCAUGGAGGUGGUGGUUACAAUGGUGGCGGAGGAGGUUACAACCAUGGAGGCGGUGGUUACAAUGGUGGCGGUGGAGGAUACAACCAUGGCGGUGGUGGUGGUGGUUAUCGUGGUGGAGGUGGACAUGGUGGUGGUUACAACGGUGGUAACUGA